CCACAGUGUACAUCAAAAAAGGGAAGGGAGUAGUCGGUAGCCAUCUUACUUAGGACCAAAACACAAAUAACUCGACCAUAAAGGCAACCGACAGCAGAGGUCCCUGGGAUAUCGCCUUCGGAGACUUUCCGGUCACCGUUGGCGGCCUGACCAGAGUCGUGGUGACAAUUUAAAGGCUGUUCCUGCUCACAAAGCGGCGUGCCGAGGAAGGACGCGUCUCUUUGAAUAGACAGGAUGCACGGACCGCCCUCCGGCGACAGCGCAUGCCCAUUGCGCACGAUCAAGAGAGUUCAAUUCGGCAUCAUCAGCCCAGAUGAGCUUAAACGGAUGUCUGUUACGGAAGGGGGUAUCAAAUACCCCGAAACAACAGAAGGAGGACGUCCAAAACUUGGUGGCCUUAUGGACCCAAGACAAGGGGUCAUAGAAAGAACUGGAAGAUGUCAGACAUGUGCAGGCAACAUGACAGAAUGCCCUGGCCAUUUCGGGCACAUAGAACUGGCAAAGCCAGUUUUCCAUGUUGGCUUCGUAACAAAGAUCAUGAAGGUUCUUCGAUGUGUCUGCUUCUUUUGCUCUAAGCUAUUAGUGGAUUCGAACAACCCAAAGAUCAAAGACAUCCUGAUCAAAUCCAAAGGGCAGCCCAGGAAACGUUUGACACAUGUGUACGAGCUCUGCAAAGGAAAAAAUAUCUGUGAAGGAGGAGAGGAGAUGGACAACAAAUUCGGAAUGGAGCAGCAGGAGACUGAGGAGGACAUUACCAAGGAGAAGGGCCAUGGUGGCUGUGGACGCUACCAGCCACGCAUUAGGCGCUCCGGCUUGGAGCUGUAUGCAGAGUGGAAGCAUGUGAACGAGGAUUCACAGGAGAAGAAGAUCCUGCUGAGUCCAGAGCGUGUGCACGAGAUCUUCAAGCGCAUCUCGGAUGAGGAGGACAUCAUCUUGGGCAUGGACCCCAAGUUCGCCCGACCAGAAUGGAUGAUUGUAACUGUGUUGCCUGUUCCUCCACUGGCUGUCAGGCCUGCUGUGGUCAUGCAGGGCUCUGCUCGUAACCAGGAUGACUUGACCCACAAGCUGGCCGACAUUGUCAAGAUCAACAACCAGCUGAGAAGAAAUGAGCAGAGUGGUGCGGCGGCUCACGUCAUAGCUGAGGAUGUCAAACUGCUCCAGUUUCAUGUCGCCACAAUGGUGGACAAUGAAUUGCCGGGCCUGCCAAGGGCAAUGCAAAAGUCUGGCCGCCCUCUCAAAUCCAUAAAACAGCGUCUAAAGGGUAAGGAAGGGCGAGUCCGAGGUAACCUUAUGGGCAAGCGUGUGGACUUCUCUGCCCGAACUGUCAUCACCCCGGACCCUAACCUGCAGAUCGACCAAGUGGGGGUGCCCAGAUCCAUCGCAGCCAAUAUGACCUUCCCAGAAAUUGUCACGCCCUUUAAUAUUGACAGAUUACAAGAGCUGGUGCGGAGAGGCAACAGCCAGUACCCAGGAGCCAAAUACAUCAUCCGUGACAAUGGAGACAGAAUUGACCUGCGAUUCCACCCCAAACCAAGUGACCUUCACCUGCAGAUUGGCUACAAGGUGGAAAGACACAUGUGUGAUGGCGACAUUGUCAUCUUCAACAGACAGCCUACACUACAUAAAAUGUCCAUGAUGGGGCACAGGGUUCGGAUUCUGCCGUGGUCCACAUUUCGACUCAAUCUCAGCGUCACCACCCCAUACAACGCUGACUUUGACGGGGAUGAGAUGAACCUUCACCUGCCUCAGUCCCUUGAGACGAGGGCAGAGAUUCAGGAGCUGGCUAUGGUGCCGCGUAUGAUCGUCACACCCCAGUCCAACAGGCCUGUCAUGGGUAUUGUGCAGGACACCCUCACGGCCGUCCGCAAAUUCACCAAAAGAGACGUCUUCUUAGAGAGGGGUGAAGUGAUGAACCUUCUCAUGUUCCUCUCCACUUGGGACGGGAAAGUGCCUCAGCCGGCCAUCCUCAAGCCCCGCCCUCUGUGGACGGGCAAGCAGAUCUUCAGCUUAAUCAUUCCCGGACACAUUAACGUGAUCCGCACACACAGCACCCAUCCUGACGAUGAAGACAGUGGCCCUUACAAACACAUCUCCCCGGGGGACACAAAGGUCAUUGUGGAGAACGGCGAGCUGAUCAUGGGAAUCCUGUGUAAAAAGUCUCUGGGAACCUCAGCCGGCUCCCUCGUCCACAUCUCCUACCUGGAGAUGGGCCACGACAUCACCAGACUUUUCUACUCCAACAUUCAGACUGUGGUCAACAACUGGCUUCUCAUCGAGGGUCAUUCCAUUGGUAUCGGCGACUCCAUUGCUGACGCCAAGACUUACCUCGACAUUCAGAAUACCAUCAAGAAAGCCAAACAGGAUGUGAUAGAAGUCAUCGAGAAAGCCCACAACAACGAGCUGGAGCCGACCCCCGGUAACACUCUGAGGCAGACCUUUGAGAACCAGGUGAACCGCAUCCUCAAUGACGCUCGUGACAAAACGGGAUCGUCAGCCCAGAAGUCUCUGUCCGAGUACAACAACUUCAAGUCCAUGGUGGUGGCUGGAUCAAAGGGGUCAAAGAUUAACAUCUCACAGGUUAUUGCUGUGGUGGGGCAGCAGAACGUGGAGGGUAAACGAAUCCCGUUCGGCUUCAAACACCGCACGCUGCCUCACUUCAUUAAGGAUGACUACGGUCCUGAGAGUAGAGGCUUUGUGGAGAACUCCUACCUGGCUGGCCUGACUCCAACAGAGUUCUUCUUCCACGCCAUGGGAGGCAGAGAGGGUCUUAUCGACACAGCCGUAAAGACUGCUGAGACCGGUUACAUCCAGCGUCGUCUGAUCAAGUCCAUGGAGUCUGUGAUGGUGAAGUACGAUGGCACUGUGCGUAACUCCAUCAACCAGGUGGUUCAGCUGCGUUACGGCGAGGACGGCCUGGCGGGAGAGAACGUCGAGUUCCAAAAUGUGGCAACACUCAAACCCUCACACAAGGCCUUUGAAAAGAAGUUUAAGUUUGACUGCACCAAUGAACGUGCGCUGAGGCGGAUGCUGCAGGAAGACGUCGUCAAAGAUGUGCUGACCAACGCCCAUGUGCAGAGUACCUUGGAGAGGGAGUUUGACAAGAUGAAGGAGGACAGGGAGGUCCUCCGAGCCAUUUUCCCCACUGGGGACAGUAAGGUGGUGCUGCCGUGCAACCUGGCCAGAAUGAUCUGGAACGCUCAGAAGAUCUUCCGCAUCAACACUCGAACCCCAACAGACCUCAAUCCUCUACGGGUGGUCGAGGGUGUUCAUGAGCUGAGUAAAAAGCUUGUAAUUGUGAAUGGAGAAGACCCGCUGAGCAGACAGGCGCAGCAGAACGCCACUCUGCUCUUCAACAUCCACCUGCGCUCCACCCUUUGCUCCAAACGCAUGACGGAGGAGUUCCGCCUUUCCACAGAAGCCUUCGACUGGCUGCUUGGAGAGAUCGAGACCAAAUUCAAUCAGUCCAUUGCCCACCCAGGUGAAAUGGUCGGCGCUCUGGCUGCUCAGUCGCUGGGAGAGCCGGCCACCCAGAUGACCCUGAACACUUUCCACUACGCCGGUGUGUCAGCCAAGAACGUAACACUCGGUGUGCCUCGUCUAAAGGAGUUGAUCAACAUCUCCAAGAGGCCCAAAACACCCUCGCUGACGGUCUUCCUGCUGGGUCAGGCAGCCCGUGACGCUGAGAGGGCGAAGGACAUCCUCUGUCGACUGGAGCACACCACACUGCGAAAGGUGACAGCCAACACCGCCAUCUACUACGACCCCAACCCCCAGAACACGGUGGUGGCCGAGGACCAGGAGUGGGUGAACGUCUACUAUGAGAUGCCCGACUUUGACGUGACGCGCAUUUCGCCGUGGCUGCUGCGCAUCGAGCUCGACCGCAAGCACAUGACUGAUCGCAAGCUGACUAUGGAGCAGAUUGCAGAGAAGAUCAACGCGGGUUUCGGAGACGACCUGAACUGUAUUUUCAAUGACGACAACGCUGAGAAGCUCGUUCUACGAAUCAGAAUCAUGAACAGCGAUGAGAACAAGUUCCAAGAGGAUGAGGAGGUGGUGGACAAAAUGGACGACGAUGUGUUCUUGAGGUGCAUCGAGUCCAACAUGCUGACAGACAUGACCCUGCAAGGCAUUGAGCAGAUCAGCAAGGUGUACAUGCACUUGCCUCAGACUGACAACAAGAAGAAGAUCAUCAUCACGGAGGACGGCGAGUUCAAGGCGCUGCAGGAGUGGAUCCUCGAGACAGACGGCGUGAGCCUCAUGAGGGUCCUCAGUGAGAAGGACGUAGAUCCCGUCAGAACCACCUCCAAUGACAUCGUGGAGAUCUUUACGGUGUUGGGGAUUGAGGCCGUGCGAAAGGCUCUGGAGAGGGAGUUGUACCACGUCAUCUCCUUUGACGGUUCCUACGUCAACUACCGUCACUUGGCUCUGCUUUGUGACACCAUGACUUGCCGCGGUCACUUGAUGGCCAUCACACGUCACGGCAUCAACCGUCAGGACACAGGACCACUCAUGAAGUGUUCCUUUGAGGAGACGGUGGAUGUGUUGAUGGAGGCGUCAUCCCAUGGUGAGAGUGACCCCAUGAAAGGGGUGUCUGAAAACAUCAUGCUCGGCCAGCUCGCCCCCGCUGGUACAGGAUGCUUUGACCUGCUGUUGGACGCUGAGAAGUGCAAAUACGGCAUGGAGAUCCCCACAAACAUACCCGGCAUCAGCGUGGCUGGACCCACUGGAAUGUUCUUUGGUACGGUGCCGAGUCCCAUGAGCGGUAUGUCGCCUGCCAUGACCCCGUGGAACACAGGAGCAACACCGGCCUACGGUGCCUGGUCCCCCAGUGUCGGAAGCGGCAUGACCCCCGGAGCAGCAGGUUUCUCUCCCAGUGCAGCCUCAGACGCAAGUGGCUUCUCUCCGGGCUACUCCCCGGCCUGGUCUCCCACUCCUGGGUCUCCAGGAUCUCCAGGACCUGCCAGCCCGUACAUCCCAUCUCCAGGUGGAGCCAUGUCACCCAACUACUCACCCACCUCCCCGGCCUACGAGCCGCGCUCCCCUGGAGGCUACACCCCUCAGAGCCCUGGCUACUCCCCAACAUCCCCCUCAUACUCCCCCACCUCCCCCUCUUACUCCCCAACCAGCCCCAACUACAGCCCGACGUCUCCUUCCUACUCACCCACCUCACCCAGUUACUCCCCGACCUCUCCGUCCUACUCUCCCACGUCUCCGUCUUAUUCCCCGACGUCUCCUUCCUACUCCCCCACCUCCCCGUCCUACUCGCCCACAUCCCCAUCCUACUCUCCCACCUCACCGAGCUACAGCCCGACGUCGCCCAGCUACAGCCCAACGUCACCCAGCUACUCACCCACUUCGCCUUCUUACUCCCCCACAUCUCCCUCUUACUCCCCAACCUCUCCAUCUUACUCCCCCACCUCCCCAUCCUACUCGCCCACCUCUCCUUCUUACUCGCCAACCAGCCCCAGCUACUCCCCCACUUCACCCACUUACUCUCCAACUUCCCCCAAGUACUCCCCCACGUCUCCUACGUACUCACCAACUAGCCCCAAAGGCUCCACGUACAGCCCCACCUCCCCCGGGUACAGCCCCACCUCGCCCACCUACAGCCCGGCCAUCAGCCCCGACGACAGCGACGAGGAGAACAACUGAUGAGCCGCGGCGGAGAUGGGGAGGCAGCUGAAGGAAACUCCGUCACCUCAUUGGUGGACACAUGAAAAAAGAAAACCCGUGGACACCUGAAGGACGGCACAUUUAACCAGCUGGAGGUGGCGGUGCUUCAAGCUGCGGGGGUCCCAACUGUGAUUGUCUUUCUGUCUCCUUUGGGACCUCUGUCACAAUCUCUGUCUUUACCACGAGAAAUUGUUAAGACCAUUAUGUGAAAGACUUGACUGCUCUGCCUGAAGGAAAAAAAAAAGGCUGCCUUUUGAAAUAGUUUUUUUAAUUUUCACACGGGGGUGUCGGAGCAAAACUGCAAAUCCCAAGAGGGAAUGAAAAGGAGAGGAAGAUGUGGUGAACACAAAACGGGGGAGAAAACGUCCCUUUUUAACUUUAUAGUGUCCUGCAUCCAGUCUCUCUCUCAUUCUCUAAAUGUUAGUCGUGGGAAGCGUACAUAUUGCCAAAAGCCUUUUUGAAAAAGUGGAUUGUAUUCAUCACUAAAACACAUAAGCUCUAACGAUAAAUCAAGGAGGUUUGUUUACUGCAUAUUUCACCAAGGUGUAUCUUGUUCGACCUUUUUGCUGCUUUUGUAAAAGUCCAGUCGCUGCCACUUUUGGUGGAUCAAAGAUCUUUAGCUGUUCGAUAUAUGUAAAAAUGGUCAGGUCCGAUUGUCCAAAGAAGAAAGCUGGAUGGUUCACAGGAAGUCAUGCAUGAUGGGAGAGAGAAACUGGCUUGCAGGGGAAAGAAAUUUCACUCAUUCACCACGCAGGUGUACCCAUCGCCCUCCCCUCUUCCUCCUUCACACCCCAAAGACAAAACCUGAAAGAUGUCACGAAAACACCCACCAGCAUCCUCUUGUCCUCUACCAUUUUGGAGACUUGUGCAUCAAAAGCAAAAAAAAAUAAAAAAUAAAAAAAAUGCCAGAUUCUUCCCUUGACGCUGGGAAUUUAAAGAUUUAUAUGAAAAAAUAAUAGAUUAUUCUGUCUUUAAUUUUAAUUCUAGGAGGAAAUGGGGCACACGUGGACGAGGGGGACACUAGUUUUGCUGCUUUUGUCAUUGUUUGCAUGAGUAGCACAUGUUAAUACAUUUUAAUCAAGCUUUAGGUUUAAAUUUUUUCUCAAAUCCCUCUCGCUAAUCUUCGUCCCAUUUCUGAUAGCUGACGUGUACACAGGUUUAUUUAGACUAUUCAAUUUAUUUAAGAAAGAAAGUUAACUGCUAUUCUGUGUGAAUAUGAAUAGAGGAAAAUUAAGAUUUUUAAUUUUUUCUUGGCUUUUCUCUCGUUUGCUUUUGGUGACUUUGUAAACCUAUUUGCAGGAGGCUCAUGUUCAUAUCCUGUGGAUGAAGGGGCAGGGGACGGAGUGGUUUUCAUGUUCGCACCCCAGUUCUCCCCCACUAUUUUUUUGCCACGACGACGACUUGCUUUUUUCAGUAUCACGUCGCAUGCCGGCAGAUCGUGACGCCUCUUCAGUUAAAGGCAAAAAGUUGAGUGCUCAGUUUCAGGGUUUUUAUGCCUCCUGUUUGGCCUUUUUCUUUAAAACAGCGUGGAACAGUUCAUUUUCUUUUCAGCAGAGAUCGUCCAGGGAAACAGAAAUUUGGCCUCUCUGUUAAAAAUAACCUUACCCACUACAUUAGUGUGAACUUCUUUCUUUGAAUAAGGGUGCUUUCUCACAAGAAUUAACCUAGUUUGACUGUUAAAGGAACCGUCUGUACGCCCGAUGAUGAUGGAAACAGUUUUUCCUUUCCCUCCUCGUUCCAUUUGCGGUUUCUGAAUUUAUCGGGCGAGCUGUCUCCUCCCUCUCCCCUCUUCAUCCACAAGUGAUCCUCAUUUCUGAAAUCAGUGUUUCUUUUUUUCUACCAGUGUAUGUACCUGUGACGAGGGGAAUCAUGGGGAGGGGAGGGGCGUGUGUUGGAUCUUACCGGGAGUCCCGAAGAGAAAAAAAACAAAAAAAAAAACCACAGCCAGUAAUCUGAAAAUGAUUUUGUGACACAUUGCUUCCAAGAUUGGUCCUGAACUGACAGGACGGCAUCUCUCUGGCCUUUUGAGAUGAAGCAGGUUUGGUGAUUGCACUUAGUAAAUAAUCGUGGUGGACUUAAGCCCCAGACAGUGUGAUAUUUGUCCACUCUGCUUGCGCCUAAUCCUGUUGUCUUAACUGUUUGCUGUCCAGUCAGUUCAGGACGUCGGGACUCCCAGGUUGUAUGAGUGUGUGUAUGCGUGUGCGGUUGGCGUGCGUCCGAGGGAGAGACAGGGUUUCAAACUGAGGAAAGACUUCACAUGUCUGGGCAAAAGGAAGGUUUAACUUGAAAUUGCCAUUGUAUAGAAAACAAUUCAUUAUCUCAUUCUCUGUAUCUUUGUUCUAUUUGUUUUUUGACUUGGAAAAAAUGAAUAAAAGUUUUACUACA